AUGGUACUACAACUGGAUCAAUGUGGGAGGUGUUUACUAGAAAAGUUAUAUCUCCAUUGCAAAUCUGAAGUCAUUACUGCACUAUCAAACUCCCUUCUUUUACCCAGGAACAAACCAAAUCAUUUAUCAUCAGGUUUAGUGGUUUCACUUCAUCAAUUCAGGGUAUUUUUGUUACCGGACCGGACCAAGACAUUGUCAGUGAAGAAUAUCUACAACUACAAGUGAUCGAUUAAUUGGUUUCUACGAGGCUGUCAUACUAAUUGCAAUUGGAUUUAGGGCUUCCUGUUUAGCUUCCUACUUAUGAGUAAUAUGUUUUAGGGGAGUUUUCUGAAAGUCAUUGUCAUUGUGGUGUCGUAAAUUCAUCACAGUUGGGAACCACAUGUAAUUUCCUAAAAUACCCUCAUUUAUUUUGUUGUAGUGUUCGAUUGAUUAAAUCACAGGGAUCACUUUUAAAG